AGAGCCUUCUCCAUCCAUCAAUCUGUCGCUAUCUAGACAGCAGUACCACGUGGUACAGCUCGGAGAGGUACGAUUACUGCAAAUGGGAAAAUAUCGCUGCGUAGUUUGACGAGCCCUCUCAAGCUCUCGCUGCAGGACCGUCUGUCUACUGAUGCUUGGCUUUCCCUCCGACACAUAGAGCAACAGCGAUGCGGUGACACCCCCCACCCCCAUCCCUAACCCCUACCCCCCACCUCGACGACUCGAUUUGCCGGCUGCCCAGCUCUCCGUCGGAGGAGAACCGGACCCAUGAUGAAGUUCAAGCCGAACCAGACCAGGACGUACGACGGCGAGGGCUUCAAGAAGCGCGCGGCGUGCCUGUGCUUUAAGAACGAGCGGGAGGAGGAGGUCUUGCUGGUUAGCAGCAGCAGGCACCCGGACCAAUGGAUUGUCCCUGGAGGAGGGAUGGAGCCCGAAGAAGAACCGUGCGGCGCUGCAGUGCGGGAGGUCUUUGAAGAGGCUGGCGUGAAGGGCAAGCUAGGACGUCUGCUGGGUGUGUUUGAGCAAAACCAAGAUCGUAAACAUCGGACGUAUGUGUACGUGUUGACCGUCACUGAAACACUGGAGGCCUGGGAAGAUUCAGUUAACAUUGGCCGCAAGCGGGAGUGGUUCACCGUGGAGGAAGCCAUCAAGGUGCUGCAGAGGAACAAACCCGUCCAUGCCGAGUAUCUCCGGAGGCUCCAGCUCAGCUGCUCUCCAGCCAAUGGGAACACCUUGCUUCCAAGCCCGCCUCCAAACGACAACUACCCCCAUUACAGCGCAACAUCCCCCUCGGCAGCCACUGUUUUGGGGUCCUCGUGCAGAUAGGACUGUCCCUUAAACUCCCUCAGCUUGUCCAACCUCUUAACCUGGACAAUCCACAGAAAGUCUGUACAGUCUACACUAUUUUUGCAUGUAUCUAUGAAGUUGCAGAAUUUCGGCUAUCACGUAUCUUAAAUUGCUGCUCUUAACACCCCCCUGGACAGACCAAAGCCACUGUCUGAACUGUGUUAAUGACCCGUGUAAUGAAGUCGGAGAAGUCCAAAGCAAUCCACAGCAAUGCCUUGCUUGGCUUUUACUGGUUGUACCCGGUUAUGGCGCUGACAAACAAAGGACUCAUGCAAUGGAGACCGGGACGGGAACCGCCCUAUGAGGAAACAGUA